AUGCUCUCUUCAGUUGCUUUCCUCAGCAGCCCAUUACUCCUACCAUCCACAGAAUGGUCAGACUAUCGCCGUCUCAUUACCAUCGGUCUGAGCUGUUCCUUGCUAGGCGAUUUCUUCCUGAUCCCCUCGCACCAUGAAUUCCACGGCUUGAACAAAUCCUCCGACAAAGAGGGAAAAGUAUCAAUCUCUUUCCAACUCGGUAUCGUCGCCUUCGCCGCAGCUCAUAUAGCCUACACUGUAGCGUUCCUGCAGGAUUCCUCUCUCACAUCCUGGAAGGUCUUUGCAACUACCUUCGUAGCUACUCUGGCCGCUGCAAAAUGGUUGGGUGUCAUAUAUCCCCCGCCGCAUCACUCACUCCAGACAAAUGUACUGGACCUCAAUAUCGCUCCUGACAUGAAGCCGUUGGUGUCGGCUUAUGCGGUUAUUAUCGGUGCCAUGUUUGCCGCUGCUACCGCUACCGCUCCGUUGGUUGUGCCAACCGAUUGGUUCCACUCGCGUGCCCUGGGGGCUGCAAUGUUCGUUGUAAGCGACCUUUUCGUCGCGAAAAAUGCUUUUGGGAAAUCUUCUGCAGCGAGGAAUAGGGGAAUUGUUAGUAUCUUUGUGGGUUAUGCGCUCUAUUUCUGGGCCCAAAUGGUCAUUGCUGGAACAGUCUAUGCGUAA